CAGGAUCCUGUUUCCAUGGAAACCGCGUGGCGCGGCUCCCUGGUCCCUCGGUUGCUUCCUGGGGCCGGAGCUGGGAGCUGGUCGGCAGAGAGGCUUGGCUGUGUGGAGGGGCUUGUCGUCAUGGGUUCGGUGCAUGCCUCCAUCGGGUCCUGACCUUGGGGCGAAGUUAGUGAUGAACGAGGCAUCCUCGCAAGCUCUAGGCUGCUUGCUGCGCGGCUAAAUGAAAUGGAGAUUUCUAAUGCGGGGAUAUUAUGUGCAUCAUGAUAUGCUAGGAGAAAAAGGAGACUUUAUAACUUCACCUGAAAUAAGUCAAAUCUUCGGAGAGCUACUAGGGGUAUGGUUCGUUAGUGAAUGGAUGGCCUCCGGAAAAAGCCCAGCAUUCCAGCUGGUGGAACUUGGCCCAGGUCGGGGCACCCUCACAGCAGAUAUUUUGAGGGUGUUCAGUCAGCUUGGGUCUGUGCUAAAAACCUGUGACAUUUCAAUACACCUUGUAGAGGUGAGCCAAAAACUAAGUGAGAUUCAAGCACUGACACUAACUGAGGAGAAGGUCCCUUUGGAGAGAGAUGCUGAAUCCUUGGUGUACAUGAAAGGUGUCACAAAGUCUGGGAUUCCAAUCUCCUGGUACCGAGACCUGAAGGAUGUUCCUGAAGGAUACAGCUUGUAUCUCGCACAUGAGUUUUUUGAUGUUCUUCCUGUGCAUAAAUUUCAGAAAACACCACACGGAUGGAGAGAAGUGUUUGUGGAUGUCGACCCUCAAGCUUCCGAUAAACUGAGGUUCGUCUUGGCGCCUUGUGCGACCCCGGCAGAAGCCUUCAUUCAACGUGAUGAAAGAAGGGAGCAUGUGGAAGUAUGUCCCGAUGCUGGGGUUAUUAUCCAGGAACUGUCCCGGCGCAUUGCAUCAACUGGAGGUGCUGCCCUGAUUGCGGAUUAUGGUCACGAUGGAACAAAGACAGACACCUUCAGAGGGUUUUAUGGACACCAGCUUCACGAUGUCUUAACUGCUCCUGGAACAGCAGACCUGACAGCUGAUGUGGACUUCAGUUACCUGCGCAGAAUGGCACAAGGAAAAGUAGCCUCUCUGGGGCCAGUGGAACAGUGGACAUUUUUAAAAAACAUGGGUAUUGAUGUCCGACUGAAGGUUCUUUUGGAUAAAGCAGGUGAGCCAUCCAUGAAGCAGCAGCUCCUUCGGGGGUAUGAUAUGUUAAUGAAUCCUCAGAAGAUGGGAGAAAGAUUUCACUUCUUUGCCUUGCUACCUCAUCAGAGACUUAAUGGGGGGAGUCAAGGAAGGAAUGCCUGCCAGUCAAGAACCCCCUCAUCCUCUGUAGCUGGGUUUGAUGAACUUGUUUGGCAGUGAUAUUUCAGCUUGGACUUUUAUUCCUCAGUGGGCCUUAAAAAUUAAAAUAAACAAAAUUCACUUUGCAUAUUGAAGGUAACAUAAGUAUUCAAACUAAUAUCUCUUUUCAGUCAAUAAAAGUAGCCCGUUUAU